GCAGGGAGCGCUCGGGCCGGAGCCACGGCCGGGGGGGGCGCUCCCCUCCCACCGCAGCGCCCCACCAAUAGGCUCGGGUUUGGCUUUUUUUUUUUUUUCCCCUCUUUUUUUUUUUUUUUUUUUUUUUUUUUUUUUUCCUUAUUUUUUUUUCGGUUCUUCCCUGCGCUCUGACACCCGCCCAAGGCCGGGGCCCGCCGGGGGCAGCUCCUCCACGGCAGCGUUACGGCCUGGGCACCAGCCGCCGGCAGAGGCUGAGGCAUGGCCGAGGGGGAGAUAACCACGUUCACCGCCCUGACCGAGAAGUUCAACCUGCCCCUGGGGAACUACAAGAAGCCCAAGCUCCUGUACUGCAGCAACGGGGGGCACUUCCUACGGAUCCUUCCCGACGGCAAGGUGGACGGGACGCGGGACCGAAGCGACCAGCACAUUCAGCUCCAGCUAAGCGCGGAAAGUGUGGGUGAGGUUUAUAUAAAGAGCACCAAGUCUGGGCAGUACCUGGCAAUGGACACCAACGGGCUCCUGUACGGCUCGCUACCGGGCGAAGAGUGCCUGUUCCUCGAGCGGAUCGAGGAGAACCAUUACAACACGUACGUCUCCAAGAAGCACGCCGAUAAGAACUGGUUUGUCGGUCUGAAGAAGAACGGGAACAGCAAGCUGGGGCCACGGACUCACUACGGGCAGAAGGCGAUCCUCUUCCUCCCGCUGCCCGUGUCGGCCGACUGAGCCCCCACCACGACCCCAAGCCGAGCCCCCCGUGCCGCCCUCCCUCUUGCUGUCCCUCUUUGGCUGGUCUGGCAGAGCCAACCAAGCGUUAGUGCUCCGAGCUUUAGGUAAAGGCUUUAACAAAACCAAACCAGAGCUGCCCAGCCCCGCACGACGCUUCGCAGAGGUGAUGGAGAACCAGAGAACCCCCAGCACCUCAGCCUCACCCCGCUGCCUGGGGGUCACACUGCAGGGCUGAGGACACCCCGGGACGAGCACCUCCCCAACCCAGCUGCCGUCCCAGCCCAGCACCUCUCCAGAUGCUCUGUGUUAAUGUAUUUAUCCAUCUCGGCACAUCGCUGCUAGAACUCCCUCCGAGCCAUUCCGAACCGCACCGUGAUUCAUGCCACCAAGUCAACGCCUGGUGAAACGCCUGCAGAUAACCUCGUCGUGCUAAGCUAAACGAACAGCAGCCAAAAGCUCCGAGUCCUCAACAUCUUAGCCUUCCUUCCAACAUGAAUACUAUAUUUCAUGCUAAUAUCAACCAUAUGUUAUUUGUAUUUAUUUAUUAAGCAAAUCUCUUACACGUCCUGUCCAGAAGCGGCACCAACACCCCGAUGUUAUCCUGGAGAGGACAGAGCAGAGUGGAAGCAACUGACGCCUGAUUUCAGGGUUCUGAGGAAAAGGCACCAGGGCCCCUCGGUGAGUUUGGGGUUUGGCCAUGGCAUGAUGCAGCCCACGUUCCCCAGCACACCACAGCUGAGGCCCCUACACAGAUGUGGCUGGACACUGGACGGACUGAACUGAGUACGGAUGAGGGCAGGGAGCUGCAGGGAGCCCCACGUGUGUCACAGCAAAGUGGCCGUGUCACAGCACUAUGCCAGGGCAACACGUUGGGGCCCAAGUUCAGGCCAGUCCUCUCCAUUGUAAAUGGAAGUUUCAAGCUGUAAAUAAAAUGUGCUGGUACCAGAAUAAUAAAGUUUGAUAUGAAAUACUGGAA